CCGAAACGUCAGGACACUAAACCUCUUGUUCCAGUGAUCGUUUCUUCUUCCGAAGUGAUUUCUUUCUCAUUUCGACCUGUUAUGCUACGGCAGUUUCAUGCUGUUCAUUCCGGCACCAGUCGAAUUAAGUUCAUCGCUCGCAGUUCUGCCAACUGGCCAGGUAUUGACGACGACAUUGACGAUCUCGUUUGGCGCUGUUCCCGUUGUCAGCAAGAUGCCAAACUGCUCGCUCGUUAACCGCUAG